ACCAUGAAACAAUAGAGAGUUAAACCAAUAUCUUCUUCUUCAUCAUCUUCUUCCUUCUCAAAUGGCGACGAGCAAAUGCUACUACCCCCGGCCAAGCCACCGAUUCUUCUCCACCGACCAACACGUCUCUUCUCCUUCCGACUUCGAGCUCGACGAGUGGGACCUCUUCAACACCGGUUCAGAUUCUGCUUCCGGUUUCACCUUCAGUGACCUUACAAUCACCUCCGAUCGAACCGGAGCUAACCGGAAGCCUCGCGGUGGUUCGGUUUCGGAGAAAUUUGCCGGUUCAGCUGCGUCUUCUCUCCCGGUCAACGUGCCUGACUGGUCCAAGAUCCUCGGGGAAGAGAGUCCACGGAGGCAGACUUCGAACGAGGAAUACGACGGUGACGAAGUUGCUGCAUGCGGUGGAGAGACACGGCGGGUGCCGCCGCAUGAGUUGCUUGCGAGCCGGAGGAUGGCUUCGUUUUCGGUUCACGAAGGUGCUGGGAGGACGUUGAAAGGGAGAGAUCUGAGUAGGGUGCGAAAUACUAUUUUCAAAAUUAGAGGGAUCGAAGAUUAAACUGUUUUAAAUAUGGGGGGUUGCAAAUUGAAGAAAUUGUAAUGGGUGGAGUUUUUUUUAAAUUGUUUUUUUUUUUGUACCUUCGCUUGUUUUACUGUUGCGGCUAAGAAUCUCGACAACUAGUGAUUAUUAUAAAGAGACUUGUUAAUUUAAGAUUGUAUUGAAGUUUUGGGACACCAGAUAUGGAAUCGACUCUGUAUUUCUUUUA